CCAACCUACAUGUAUCUGCGUUCAUUCUGGUACCAGUUUAUCGAGAUGUUUCUCUGCCAAAUCAUCGCUCUUGCGAGCAUUGCAUUUUCAGUGGAAACUAAGAGUACAGGCUGUGCAUGUCCGUACUCCUUACUGCCCGUCUGUGGAAAGGAUGGUGUGACGUAUGACAACGAGUGCGCAAUGAAAUGCGUAGGAAUUUCUAAGUUAAAUGACGGAGAAUGUGUCGAGCAACCGUGUGUAUGUCCACUAAACAUCGAUCCAAUUUGUGGAAAAGACGGUAAAACCUACGACAACGAAUGUCUAAUGAACUGCGCCUCUGUUAAGAAGAAGAAGAAAGGGCCAUGCAAGACUAAGGUAUUGACCUCGGAGGAGGAUACUCCGGUAUUGAGCUCGGCGGACGAGACUGUGUGUUUGUGUAACAGAUUAUACCUGCCCGUGUGUGGAACUGACGGCGUGACAUACAACAACGAAUGUCUCAUGAAUUGCGAAGGAAUUUCUAAGUUAAAUGACGGGGAAUGUGUCGAGCAACCGUGUGGAUGUCAACUAAACAUCGAUCCAAUUUGUGGAAAAGACGGUAAAACCUACGACAACGAAUGUCUUAUGAACUGCGCCUCUGUUAGUAAGAAGAAGAAAGGGCCAUGCAAAACUGAGGUAUUGAUCUCAGAGGAUGAGACUCCGGUAUUGAGCUCGGCGGACGAACCUGUAUGUAUGUGUACCUUCAUAUAUUUUCCCGUGUGUGGAGCUGACGGCGUGACAUACAACAACGAAUGUCUCAUGACGUGUCAUAACGUGAAAAUGGGCUAUGAAGGAACAUGCAAAAGUUAAUCUUCUGUGGAAAUGCCAUCACUGAAUGUUGAUGCAGAGACAUUCACUUUGCCGAACUUAAUUUCAACGCACGCAUACUCUGCUUUUUCUAAUUACUAUGUAAAGAUAAUUUUCAAGAAUGUACAUUCUCUGAUUGUUACUGGCGGCAGCCUUUAUAUUUAUGAACGUUAAUGAUAAAAACUGUUUAAUCAGAAUUUGAGCGUUCUUUAAAAACGUUAUCAUUCCUGUUUUAAAAUAAGAAAAUCCAUCCUAAAAUAUGAGAUAUUAAACUUUGUGAUUAUUACAUAUAUAUAAUUGGGUACAACGACGUAAAUUUUUCAAAAAGGAUCUUUAUGAUAAAAUUGCAUAUUAAUGUUAUGAUACAAUGUGAUAAGGUUAGUAUUGAGCUAAAUAAUAAGAUAAUCUGAAGAUUUAUAAGAAUAUGCAAUGUAUUAUAGCGCUUCUUUGAAUGCUUUUACAAUAAAUAUUUCCAAACGUCAAA